UGGGGCCCCCAGGCAAUAGGGGAUCAUGGGGCCCCUGUCUCCUUGCCCAAACUCAAAAAAGCCUAUAAAAAUGGUACCAGGGGCAUCUCAUGGGGCCCCCUACUGACCCUGGGCCCUCGGGCAGUGCCCGAGUUUCCAAAUGGUCAGUCCGCCCCUGCUGUUGACCAUCUACCUUGAGUUGUUAUUUGAUCAAACGUUUAUUGCUGUACUACUAAUGAAUAUAUUAUAAUUUAAUUGAUAAAUAUGUCCGUUAAUUAGAA